AUGGUGACAUCUAGAGAAUGGACAAGUUCAGCUUACUCUAAAGAAGCCAAAGCAAAAAAGUUUGUGGAUCAAGUCUUAGAUUCUAAAUUUUGGAAUCAAUGCACUAAUAUUGUUAAGCUUACGGAGCCACUUGUUCAUGUAUUGCGUAUUGUGGAUAGUGAAGAUAGAGCUGCAAUGGGUUUCCUUUAUCAAGCUAUGUAUAAGGCUAGGGAAGACAUGGUGAAGAGGUUUCAAAAAAGAAAGAGGGUUGUUGAACCUUAUUUGAAGAUUUUAGAUUCACGUUGGGAUUCACAACUUAAAAGAAACCUUCAUGCUGCUGGUUAUUGGUUAAAUCCAGCUUUUCGAUUUAAUUCUGCAGAAUUUGACAAGCACAAAGACACAAUUCCUGGCCUACUAGAUGUGAUUGAGAGGUAUGCUUACGGUGAUGCUGAUUUGAUUACUAAAUUGACAAGUGAGAAGAGAAUAUUUAAGAAUGCUGAAGGAGACUUUGGGAGACAGUCUGCAAUACGUGAGCGAAGCACUGUGAUGCCUGAUCAAUGGUGGGAAUCUUAUGGAUGUGGAGCACCAAACCUGCAAAAGUUAGCAAUUCGUGUUUUGAGUCAAACUUGCAGUUCUUCAGGUUGUGAGCGUAACUGGAGCAUUUUCAAACACAUUCACUCAAAGAAAAGGAAUCGGUUAGAGCAUCAAAAGCUUAAUGAUCUUGUUUAUGUUCAUUACAACUUAAGGCUACAACAGAGGAACCGAAUGAGAAACCAAAGUUAUGAUCAAAUUUGUCUUGAUGCAUUUGAGGAUCAUUUGGAAUGGAUAAUGGAAGAUUCACCACCAUUUUUAACUCCUGAAGAAGUUGAUGCUUUACGGAAUGAUCUUGCAAAUAUGUCUCUUCAAUCAGCUUUAGAUGAUUUGGAUGAAUUGAAUCUGGAAGAUGAUCGAGAUGAUGGUGAAGCUAAUAAUACUUCUGUGGAAAAUGCAAAUCAGAAUGAAACCAAUCAGGAUGUAGCUCCAGAUUUGUCAGAUGAAGAAAGAUAUCCAGACUUUGAAGUUACUCCUUGGAUAUAA